GUUUUCUCCCCCUCAGCAUCCCCCCCCCCUCCCUUCCUUUUAGAGAUGGCGAGUGUCGGAGCUGCUGAGGCAUCUGGGGCCUAGCCCUCACACCGAGGACGCUUUUCUCUUGAUUAUUCAUCUGGUUUGUCUUCUGGUCUUGCCCUCCGCUCUGGCUUUGAGCUCUCCUCCCCGCAUCCCACCUCCCUGUGUGGGUGUCUUGGAGUUGGGCCUUUAGGGUGGCGGUGGUGGAGGAAUUACCAUCGUGCAUCGCAGGGGAGCUGUGCAGAAUUAGCCAUGCCCUGCCCAGGCUUAUUCUGACACACUGGAUCUUUCCCUUUCCAUCAGCCUGCACACCAAAGGGCAACGUAGGAUGAAAAUCUGCCACCAUGAUGCAAGGACUGAAAAAACGAACCAGGAAAGCCCUAGGCUUACGGAAAAAGGACAAGGACACAGACCCAACGAGCUCACCUGACAAAGAAGGAAGUGGAAGUGGAAAGAAAGGGAGCAAAAAGGCCAACGGGGCUCCUAAUGGUUUCUGUGGGGAGAUUGACUGGGACAGAUAUGCCUCUCCUAACGUCGAUGAGGAGGGCUUCAGCCAGCAGCCUGGGGAGGAAGAUGAUCCGUCUUCCAAAGAGAAGCAGUUUUUCUCCUCCAGCGACUCUGAGGAGGACGAGGACAGCAAGCAAAAGUUCAAAAUUAAGAUAAAGCCUCUUGUGUCAGACAGCAUCAGGUGCGUCCCUCCGUCUAUGGACGAGCUGAAGGCUUCGGUGGGAGGACUGGCACUCUCUCCUUCUCUGGUGCAGCUGAAAAAGAACUUGUCCUGUGAGGAGAUCGCCAGACCCAGACGCUCCACGCUGACCCAAAGUCCUGCUCCUGAAGCCCAAAGGGGCUCGACGCCACAGAAUGUUCCGGUUCGGUUCGGUUUGCCAUCGGACAGCAGAACCAGCAGAUACGAGGCGGUGCGCGGUGACACGUGGGGAGAGCCCAGACCUCGGUCAGAGUCUCAGCUGAGCAGAAGCUUCCCAACAGGAGCUCCUCCACCUCUUCCUCCUAAAACCAUUCCAUCGAGGAGUCAUUACGGCUACCCGUCAGACGCCGCAGCUGAUCUUCCUAACGGGAGGGCGGCACGCAGUUCUGCCCCCAUCUACCUGAACGUCCUUUCCCCGGCGUCGUACCGUGGUUCCCCGGCCCCUGACCUCGAUGACGUCUUCGGCCCGGCAGACAGCCCUCGGAUCAGUGAGGACACUGCAUCUCCUAGAUGGGUUACCUUCACAGAAGACAGACCUCCUCCACCUGAUGAACCAGCACCACCUCCACCCCCAGACUCUCCUCCUCCAGACACCCCCUCGUCCACCCCAUCCACCCCUUGUCUCUCUCCUGGACCACCGCCAGAUGAACCCCCACCUUCCCCUCCACAGUUCUCUCCCAUGUCUCCUCCCCCCUUCACACCACUGGACUCGCCCCCCUCAAUUGUGCUUGGACCUCCACCUCCAGAUGAACCAGCUCCUCCUUUGCCUCCUAACUUCUCCCCAGAAGAGGAGGGGAUUGAUGAGGAGGUGCUGCAGUUUGCAGCGUUUGCUUCCACUGCUGCAGCCAUCGGCCCUGCCCCCCCACUGCCGGCGGUUCGAUGGUCCCCCCGGGCAGGAGUCACCUCUCCUUCCAUCCAUGCAGGCUUUGGGGGGAAGAGGACUCCAGAGGGGAUGUUCCACGGAGACGACAGAGCAGACAUCACAGGCUCUCCCAAAGAGCUGACCCCCAGCUUCAGAGUUACCCAACCUCCUCUUCCUCCAACCACGUACAGGUCCAUCAUGUCUUCCCCGGGACCCGGCAGCGGUCCCUCAUCCCCAGCUCGUCCUGCCACUCCUCAGUCCAGAGGCAGCCCGGUUCCUCCUCCUCCCCCUCCUCGUCCAUCUUCUCGACCAAAGCUGCCUCCGGGAAGACCGAUCACGGAUCUGAGUCGGCCAUUCAGUCCUCCGGUUUCUAGUAGCCCCCCGCCUUUUGCCCCCCUGGCGCGUGCAGAGAGCUCCUCCUCCCUGUCCUCCAUCACCUCACACAGUGCAGCAUCGACUCCGACCUUAGGAAAAGACCUCCACAUGCCCGCCACAGAGGUCUCUCAGCCUCUGGUCUGGUUUGACCACGGCAGGUUUCAUUUAGCUUUUGAAGGAUGCUCCAGAGGACCCAGUCCUCUCACCAUGGGACCCCAGGACACCCUACCUGUCGCAGCUGCUUUCACAGAGACCAUCAAUGCUUAUUUUAAAGGCGCUGACCCCAGCAAAUGUGUGGUGAAGAUCACAGGAGAGAUGGUGCUCUCUUUCCCUGCAGGAAUAACCAGACACUUUGCAACUCACCCGACCCAACCCGUCCUCACCUUCAGCAUCAGCAACUACACCCGGCUGGAGCAAGUCCUCCCCAAUCCACAGCUGCUGUGCUGUGAUUCCACAGCAGACGGCUUGGACAUUAAGGAAUUCUGGGUAAACAUGCCGAACCUCAUGAGCCAUCUUAAGAAGGUGGCUGAGCAGAAGCCUCAGGCAACAUACUACAACGUGGACAUGAUCAAAUACCAGGUGUCAGCAGAGGGGAUCCAGUCCACUCCUCUGAACCUGGCAGUGAGCUGGCGAUGCGACAGCACCAACACGGACCUUAGGAUAGAUUACAAAUACAACAUGGAGGCCAUGGCUGCACCAGUGCCUCUCUAUAACCUCCAAUUUUUGGUUCCCGUGGAUGGAGUCAUGGCCAGACCACAGGCCAUGAUCCCACCUGCCACUUGGAAUCUGGAGCAGCAGACAAUCCAGUGGAAAAUCCCAAGCCUGUCCCACAGAUCAGACAACGGAGGCGUGGGGGCUCUUCUGGGCCGGUUCCAGAUGGAAAACGGUUCCUGCCGACCCUCCCAGCUGGCGGUCCAGUUCAGCAGCGAGGGAAGCACGCUGUCAGGGUGUGACAUCCAGCUGGUCGGAAUCGGCUACCGGCUAUCGUUGGUGAAAAAGAGAUUUGCUGCAGGAAAAUAUUUGGCAGAUAAUUAGUGGACUCUGUCUGCAGACACAGCUGAGGAAAUCGUUGGCUUUCGACUGUGAAGACUGUGGAUCCAGCCCAUCUUUAGUGCACCCUAGAAUUUCUCUGUAGCACCAUUAGAAUGAAUGGUUAAAGAGUUUAUGGCUCACAGAGAGGAUGCUUGGUUUAAGAGUCAGCUCAGCUCUGUGGAGUUUAUGCAAGUCAAUACAAAUCAUUGUUUGUGUACUUGGAAGACUUCAUGUGGAGUCAGAUAAAGGGAAGCCUCCCGUCUUUGUUCUUGUUGACUGUAAAACUAAUUGUGGAUUUCACAUAGUGAUCCAGCCUUAUUCAGAGGAGCUCGUUUAGUUUAACCAGUUGCCAUGACGACUGCUCUGUAGAGGCUAAAACAGGUGAAAACUGGGAAAUGGUCAUCGUGAUGAGAUCUGAUUUACACUGCCACCUCCAGUUAGAUUUAUCAUCCAAUCGGAAGCCCUGAAACUGUCACAGCAUCAUCAGUCCUGUGAGGAAAAUCCAACGUGUCGCUUCAAACCUGCAAAACUCAGCACUUUCAAUCCUGAGGUGAAUUUAACAAAUAUCUGGGGGUUUGGGCUCCUUUAAUGAGUCACAAUCAUUUUCUGUCACAAAGUUUAUGAGGAAAAAAACUCCAAGAAAGUGAUGUUUGAGUAACUAAUGGGCCAUUCCCAUCUGUACCGGGUCGGCCCGGGCCGGGUAGCCCCAGUCGGCCCCAGCCUGGCUCGGUUGAUUCCACACAUCCUUGUCUUAAGCCCAUGUGGGCUGAUUCUACCCACCAAUCAGAGGCUUGCUCUAAUGGAAGGUGUGAAUUUGCUGUCAGCAGUGGGUGUGUUGGCCCUGGUCGGCCUGAAGCAGACCCCCUCGAGAAGAGGGCUGAGAAUGAGCCUUGGUUGGCCCGGAAAAAUACCAGGCCACCCAGAUAUGUAAACAACCUACGCUACCCGGCCCGGGUCGACCCGGUACAGGUGGGAAUGGCCCAUAUCUCCGUUCAGUCAACGUGUUAGUUUGCUAGCUCUUAUUUCCGUAGAUCUGCAGAACACCAUUUUUCUAACAGCAUUAAAUAAUCUCCUAAAACGUUAGUUUUCAUGUUUUUGGACCUCCUGUGACUCGUAAAGGUCUAAACUAUUUCUACCAGGAUCUUAAAUUAAGGUGUGAAAAUGUUAGAGUAGGUGACUGGAUCAUUUCUCUGCAAAAGUUUAAUUUGAUGCUCAUUUAGAGCUGAGAAAAAGUAAUUGUGCCCUUGCAAUUUUUUUCUAUUUUUGCCUUUUUGUCACAUUUGAGCGUUUCUGUUCGGCAAAACAAAUUUCUAAGAAAGAUAACCUGAGGCAUUGUUUUUAAUCGAUGAUUUCAUUUAUUACAGGAACCAAACCAUCCAAACCAACCUGGUUCUGUGUGUUAACGUAAGUGAUCCCUAAACCUGCUAACUAGCUGUAAUACACUUGGUUUUUAAUUGUAGAGCGCGUCUCGACGGGUAGAGGCUGUCAACAAUAGCUACUGCACCACACAGCAGAACUCCUUCAGGCUUGUCUUAUUUUUAGAGAUAGAACGUCAACGUUGCAGAGUCAGUGAGAGAGUCGUGUUGCUGUUAGCCAAUCAGAGGCCAGACGUCAGAAUACCAAUAAAUAAGACUCCCAAAACCUGCAACUGCUAAACUCUGAUCUGGCAAACUUCUGCUUCCUAAAACUGGAGCACCAGAGCUGCCUUUCCGCAGAGAUCAACUCAAAAGGCAUUGGUUCGUUCUAGAGACCACUGCACUUGUGUUGACACAAGGAAACGUGGUCAUUAGGGUCGAAAGGUCACAUGUUCUCCUUCAGAAUGUUCUGCUAGAGAGCAGAGGUCAUGGUUCCAUCAGUCAGAGCAGGUGAUCCAGGUCCUGAAGCAGCCGAGCCCCAGACCAUCACACUGCCACCACCAUGUUUUAGUGUUGGUUUGAUCCCAGAUGGAACGGGACGCACACCUUCCAGAAUGUUCCUCAGAAUAUUUACCCAGGUGUCUUUGUGAUUAUUAGGAUGUUAAUUAGUAAAUUUGAGACGAGACUUAUAUGACCUCUGACCUUAACCUGAACCAGAUAAGGCCUGCCGCGCUUUAGAUGUCCUGGGUUCUUUUGUUCUCGAGUCUCUUCAGAACGAGGCUUGAUGUGCUGCUUUUUGAGAUCUUGUAGCCUACUUGAUGUUGUCCGACAGUGAUUUCUUUGUUCUAGAGGUCUGGUAGUGAUCACGUCUGUUAAUCCAUGACUUACCUUUUCCUUAACAAAUGAAAUCAUCUGAAAACUAAAAUGCGUAUUUACUCGGUUCAUCUUCGUUCUUUAGGGAAAAUGUGUUUGCUGAUCUCAAACAUUUGAGACUAAAUUCUGUUAGGGGCCAAAUACUUUGCCACAGCCAUGUGCAUAAAAAAAUGCCAUGCUAACCCGUGUAGCCUUUAAUUCGUCCACUACUCACAGCAUUCCACAUGAAUUAGUCAUGUCAGCGUACAGCCACAGGUAGUAAAUAAGUUAAAGCAGAUUUACCAAGUACAAAACGAGUUAAAGCAUUAAGAUCUCGUAUCAUAAGGGCCUUAGUUGUGUUUUAGGGAGGAGAAUAAGGAGAAUUGCUGAAGCUGCUAUUUACACUGGAACUGUCUGGAUAAUCAGUCUAGUUAUAUAAAUGUGAAAGGCCCUCUACGUGCAGUCAGAUGAGUGAGUGCCAUGAGAAGGACGUUUAGGUCCCUAGAGGACUGAUGGCCUUUGAUGCUGCUUAAAAGUUUGGACAAUAAAGGUCUUGAGAAGGACUGUUGCAGACGUUCAAAGUAAUGAAAAGUCUCCAUUGUGAGGACUGCACUAUUCAAGUCCUUUCUUGUUUUGUUAUCAUUUUUGCCAUUUUAAAUAAAUAUUUCAUUAUUUUCUGACAGCAAUAUUUAAAAACCUAAAUGUAAAAAGGUGUACAUAUAAAAACUAUGUUUCAGAUAUGGAAGUGUCUGUGAUUGUCUCUUGGUUUGUUGAUGUCAACACUCACAAUGCAUUUAGUUCAACUCAACGUUUUCAGAGAAAUGUCUCAAACCGGUGCAGCAUGAAGGAGUUGGUCCAUUGCCUGUCUCAUUAACACAAUGUCAUGGUGAGUGUGUUGUUGUUUUAAGUGCGUUUUGAGUUGACUGGAGACCUUUUUGGUUUCACAGGGGCCUCCACUGUUGGUGCACCUUCAUAACCCCUCUAACAACAAAUCUGGCAUAACACCUGUAGGUGUUCCAUGCAUUGUCAUUGGUGUUUGACGUCCUGUGUUUUCUGGCUCACAAAACCCAUCAAUCUUGCUGGAUGAAAGCAUCCCAUUCAAGCCACUUAUAUGUUUACACGUGUUUGUCCAUCACACUUAGAAGGUUUUGGGCCAGAUAGACUUUAUUUUCUUUGUUCCUUAUUUUCGCCUUAUUUUGAAACGCACUUUAAUUUCCCUGUAGGUUUACUUCCGGUCAUAACUUUGCGGCUGCAACGUUUCACUGCAUUAGAAUCAGAAUAUGCAAACAUCUCAUGUUCAUUUCUCAUCCAAAAAGCUUUUGAAACUAAAAAUGUGAAAAAAGUCUAUAUAAUGUAAUAUCUGUUUGACUUGGUAAUAAAAGGAGGAAAUGUCA